UGUUCUCCUUUUUGUUAUUUCAAUCUUACAAAACUUAGUUGUAAGUUAAUGGUAUUUCCCAUAUCUGUCUGCAAAAGAUACGAGAUGUUCCAUAGUGACGUGGAGUUGAAAAUUAUUUUUCUUCUAACUGGUUGCGUGGCAGCUUUCUGCCAGUUUCCCUCUCCACAUAUUUUCCUGAAUGCUCUUUCUGAUGAAGUGACUGAAGGAGAUUCUCUCAAGAUAGCAUGUUUUGCACCCAGUGAAUACAUAGAUGGUUGGUUUUUUUUAUUCAAGAAUAAUGAAUCCAAGGCACUGAAGACUUUGCCUGCUGCAGAGGCUCAGCAUAAUGUUACCUUCCUUCUGGAAAAUAUCAAGACUAGAGAUGGAGGCAGGUAUAGAUGCCAGUAUGGGCUCUAUAAUGGGAGUCAGUUGCAGGAGUCUGAAUUUAGCCAAGUCCUGGAGAUUACAGUGAAGGGUGCAGCCUGGUUUCUCCCCAUUACCCUUUGUGUAACUGGAAUUCUGCUUUUGGUUCUGAUCCUUUCUGCAGCUGUGGGAACAACUGCAUACCUUAAAAGAAGAAAGAAGAAAAGGAAGCUGAAGUCCUGCUGGGCAGAAACAAGCUAUCCCACCGCAGAGACAUCCUUUGACAACUGUCUGUUCAUCAUUUCAGAGAAAUCAAACCAGGAAAUCAAACCAACAGUAGAAAAUCCGGGUGCUUCAAUCUCCUCAGCCACCAGCCCAAGACUAGUAUCCAGAAUCUCCCUGGAAAAGCAAGAUUUCUCCACAUUCAGAGCAUCAGAAUGAAAUCCUAAAUGAAAACAUAUCAGACAGCCUUAGUAUACAACUAUAAAAAGAAUUAGAUUACCUUCUGCACCAAAGGUUUUGCUCACCUUUUCUAAGCAAAGGGAUAGAAAGGCACCUGCAACUAGUUACAUUAAGCCCAAAAUGUGAUUUACAAUGUCAGGAUGGAAAUUCUGCUGACAAAUACAAAAGGAGUGGACUUUGCAUUAGAAUUUUGUGAUGCAUAACUUCAUUGUUUAUCUCCUAUGGACUGACAUAGUGGGACAUUCAGAAUAUGUUUCUUAGUUCAAAGCAAUAAAGGUUUGUGAUAUAUUAAAGACUAAAAUGUUUAUUAAGGCAUGAGCUCUAAAGCUCACCUCAUGAAAUACAUGACUAUCCUCAUAGAUAAAGAGAAAAUAAUAAACAGGAAAAAACAUAAUAUGUUCAUCUGGAACAAAUUAAAACGUUAAAUGUACGAAAUUGCUGGUUUAAAUGUACCAUGAAAUUAAAUCAGACUUAAUUUAGUUUGUGGGUUUUAAAAUAAAUGUUGAAUCUAUUGCUAGUAUGGUUGAAUAAUUCCUACAAUUUUCUGUAAAUAAUUAUCUUCCACUGAACAUGAAAUUAAUUUUUAUAUUUCAGAAACCUUUGCCUCCAAAUUUGUUUUAUAUCCUAGACCAUUUUUUCUAAGAGUCUCAUAUUGGGGUGGGUAUGAAUCCAAUUUGAAAAAGUUUGUUGUUCAUAUUUUGUUUGUUGAAUGAGCCACAUUGAAUGAAUCCACACAAAAUCCUAAACCAAAAUCCUAUAAGCCAUGUUAUUAUUUGGUGUGGUAUGUGAACCCAGGCACUGAGAUCACAAUCCUGAAACUAUUUAAAGUUUGUCCUAUUCUUGAUGUCUUGUGUUCAGCAGAUGGCCUUAAAGUGAUCUUUUGCUUUCAAAAACUGAAAUCUGCACUCAUUUCCAUCAGUACAUCUGACUGGAAAGACAAACUGGUUCAGAUGGUUAUAUGGUGCAGACAGAUUAUUUGCUUGAACAUUUAAAAACUAACCUAUUUGCUGUCUUCCACUAACAAGGAAAAAUGGUUUAUUAUCAGUAAUAUGUUAAUGUUUAAUGGUAAUUUUAUUGGGUAUUUUAGAUGGUCAAUUGACGGUUUUAAUUUGGCCUUUUAUUGAAUAAGCUUUUUAAUUGUUAUUUUAAUAUGUAUAUUAACUGUUUUAAAUGAAGGCUGUACA